UUUAUUUUGGUAACAGCACAUGGCACUCCGAGCUCGACGCACUGAUUCCAUUGCGCGCGCAGCCACAGGUGGCGUUCUUAUGUGCCACCACCUUAACGUCUGAGACGCCAGAAGAGAGACGAAGACAAGGGACUAACAGCGCUUCAUCUCCGCUCCGCUGCUUGAAAAAAAAAAAAAAAAGAAGCUGCUUUCUGCUUUUUUUGCUCGCAUUUUGGACGCGGUUGUUGUUUCAGGCAGAGUUGAACUGGGACCAGUGCAGUCUGCUGGGUGUGUGCUCAGCGUGUUGUCGAGGAGCGCGCCGAGAUUCAACAGGUGGAGAAGAAGGCACCUGAAAUCCCUGCACUCACCUUGGGUUUUGACAAGUGUGCAGAUCUGAUCACUAAAUGGCGCUGACGGUGAACCUUAUCGGUCCUUCGCCAUGGGGCUUCAGAAUACAUGGAGGAAGGGACUUCAAGAAGGCCAUAACUGUAUCAAAGGUCAACGGGGGCAGCAAGGCAGAGAAGGCUGACCUGCAACCUGGUGACAUUAUCUUGGAGAUCAAUGGGGAAAACACGGCCGACAUGCUGAACGUGGAGGCCCAGAACAAGAUCAAGAACUCAAAGACUCAGCUGCAGCUGGCGGUGGAGAGACCUGAACCUCCCGGUCCUGGACAGACCAACGGCAUCAGCACUCCUGAGCAGCUCACUGGACGCUUCCAGGAGGCAGUAAUGGUGAGUAAAGAUGAGAAUCAGAACUACAGAGAGUACACCAUCUCCAGCCCUGCGUCGCUGUCCCCUGGACCGUAUUCAUCAGAUCCUUUUUCCAGCCCAGAUGGGAAGAGGGAGAGGCUGACACCGACCCCUAACAAGAGUGUCCUGCUGCGUCCAUGGUCUCCAGAAGACAAAAAUCACAGUCUGUCCAGACCGCAGUCACAGGAGUUCUCCUCUUCCGACUACAGGAAUAAUUCUGUGUCCAGCAGAACCCCGACCCCGCCAGGACGCUACUCGCCCCACAGCCCCAUUGAUCGGGACGUACCCAUGUCCCCUCGGCGCAGCAGUUCAAGCUCCGACUUUACCAUGCAGAAGUUCGACACGGAGUCGGAGGUGUACAAGAUGAUUCAGGAGAAUAAGGAGUCCCGCACGGCGCCUCGUCAGUCCAACACCUUUAAAAUGCUGCAAGAGGUCCUGGAGGCUGACGAGAAAGAGGCAGCCCGGCUUUUCCCAGGGAAACUUUCGCCUAGCACCCCGAAACAAAGCACAUCAGUGGGAGGAGUCCAAAAAAACCACACCUGUGAGAAAUGCGGCACCAGCAUUGUCACACUGGCCGUGCGCAUCGCUGACGACCGCUUCCGCCAUACAGAGUGCUAUACCUGCACAGAUUGCGGCCUCAACCUCAAGAUGAGAGGUCACUUUUGCGUCGGAGAUGUGAUGUACUGUGAGAAGCACGCCAAAGAGAGGUACCAAGGCCCAGAAAGUCCCCCUCAAGCCACCGUGUCACCGCGCCAAUAAGUGCCAUCUCACACCUGCCCCGCUCUGGACGUAGAGUGCUGCUUGUCCUUCUGAAGCUCCACACCAUCUGACUCAGUUAUAGACCUUGGGAUGGGGCGUGGAGGUGGACACUAGUCUACGAAAUGGCAGAGGAUGUUCUUUUCUGAUCACAUUUAACCAUACUUUGCAAUAUUAUGAUUAAUUUUCUUGCCUUUUCUUAUAUGAGCAUUGGGGCUUUGUUUUUCAAAUGACCCGUCCUCCGCGGUCUCUUUAGAUUAUUCUUAGCUGUAAUGAUGCACAGCUGCCAUGGACUCGAGCCACAUCACAUUGUGCUACGCCAGAUUUACAUAACGCCAACGCUUUAGACAAACUGAACAGGACUGGCUCUCUGAGGAUCUGGAUGAUCCUGCUGACACAAAGGGACCAAAAUCUCACCUACACUGCAUGCCAUUUAAAAAAAAAAAAAACAAAUGUACUGUACACAGACAGUGCUGUGUGGGUGUGUAUGGAUGCAUGCUUUCA